AUGUCCACCGCAGCAACACAAGCGCCCAACGGCGCUGCAAAGAAGCCGGGCAAUGGCAAGAAGGAGAUAAAAGUCGUCAUGCUCCACGGAUACACCCAAUCCGGCCCCCUCUUCCGCUCCAAAACCCGCGCCCUCGAGAAGCUCAUCAUCAAAUCCCUCAACCCCUUCAACAUCACCACCUCCCUCUUCUACCCCACCGGCCCCUCCAAGCUCUCCCCGCGCGACAUCCCGGGCUUCGUCGCGGACGAGUCCACCCCCGAAGACGAGGACCUCGACGCCUGGGCCUGGUGGCGCAAGGACGAGUCCUCGGGCGCCUACCGCUACCUGGACCAGGGCGUGUCCGCCGUCGCCAAGGCCAUCCGCGAGGCGGCCGGUGUCGACGGAGUGCUGGGUUUCAGCCAGGGCGGCGCGUUCGCCGCGCUGUUGACGGCGAUGCUGGAGAAGCCUCACCUCGAGGUCCCGGAGGCGUUCCGUCCUUGGGUAGAGGAGCUGAGGGAGGCGAACGGGGGCGAGCCGUUCAAGUUUGCGGUUAUUUACUCUGGUUUCUUCGCGCCGCCCGAGGAGCUGAAGUGGGCUUAUGAGCCCAAGAUCAAGACGCCUACGCUGCACUUCAUGGGUAGUCUUGAUACUGUUGUCGAGGAGUCGCGGAGCCAGGGGCUGGUAGACAGAUGUGAGGAGGCAGCGGUUGUUAUUCACCCUGGAGGACACCAUGUGCCCAUCUCGAAAGAAUGGGCCAUGCCGUUGAUUGGGUUGAUCAAGAAGAUCGCCGACCAGGAGGAAGCGAAGAGCAAGGUGUAA